AAAAAUUAUUACAGAGCAGUCAGAAGUUCAAAAUCAAAACACAGAUCUACCUAGUUGUUUGUAAUACAAACGUUUCCCAAAAUGUCGUUUCCGGCAAAAACCUUUUAUAGAUCAUUUUCCACGUGCACUGUACAAAACGGAAAGAGAAAUUUCAAAAACUUCAUACUGUACAAUCGAGGAACAAAUCAGUUCAGAAAACAACAAGAAGAAAACCCUAAUAAAGAUUUUCAAAUUACCAAUUAUGGAAUACGAGACACCACCGUCAGGGUUGGCCGCAAAGUCAUAACUAUCAAAGAAAAAAUUCCAGAUAUCAUCGUUCCGGAUUUGGAUAAUUUUAAUUUAAAGCCGUAYGUKUCCUACAGAGUUCCUGAAAUUACCCAAUCUAAAUUUACAGCUAAAGAUUUAUUCAACGCUGUUUAUCGCAAAAAAAUUGUAGAUGAUUUUAAGAACAACAAGCUGAAGGAAAAUUUUGAACCGAUAGAACCCAGUGAAGAAGAAUCAUUAACACCUGAACAAGCUAAACUAAAAGCGAGGCAAACAGGCAGCGAUAUGUUUUCACAAGGCUGUUAAAUUCAAACGCAWAGUUUGAUUGAUAGAUUUUUGUAUACAUGUUGUUUUCAAUUUAAUAAAAAUGUAGUUUUAAUA